AUGGCUUUCUUUCUAUUUCAGAGGUGUGGCGAAAUCUUGUUUGAAAACCCUGAUCAGAAUGUCAAAUGUGUUUGCAUGCUAGGAGAUGUACGACUGAGGGGUCAGACGGGGGUUCCUGCUGAACGCCGCGGCUCCUACCCAUUCAUUGACUUCCGCCUCCUUAACAAUACAACACACUCAGGGGAAAUUGGCACCAAGAAAAAGGUGAAAAGACUGUUAAGCUUUCAAAGAUACUUCCAUGCAUCAAGGCUGCUUCGUGGAAUUAUACCGCAAGCCCCGCUCCACCUGCUGGAUGAAGACUACCUUGGACAAGCAAGGCAUAUGCUCUCCAAAGUGGGAAUGUGGGAUUUUGACAUUUUCUUGUUUGAUCGCUUGACAAAUGGAAACAGCCUGGUAACACUGCUGUGCCACCUCUUCAACGCCCAUGGGCUCAUUCACCACUUCAAGUUAGAUAUGGUGACCUUACACAGGUUUUUAGUCAUGGUUCAAGAAGAUUACCACAGCCAAAACCCAUAUCACAAUGCUGUUCAUGCGGCCGAUGUCACCCAGGCCAUGCACUGCUACCUAAAGGAGCCAAAGCUCGCCAGCUCCCUCACACCUCUGGACAUCAUGCUUGGACUGCUGGCUGCCGCAGCCCACGAUGUUGACCAUCCAGGGGUAAACCAGCCAUUUUUGAUCAAAACAAACCACCACCUUGCCAACCUAUAUCAGAAUAUGUCUGUGCUGGAGAAUCACCACUGGCGAUCUACGAUCGGCAUGCUUCGAGAAUCGAGACUUCUGGCUCACUUGCCAAAGGAAAUGACACAGGAUAUUGAACAGCAGCUGGGCUCCUUGAUCUUGGCAACAGACAUCAACAGACAGAAUGAAUUUUUGACCAGAUUGAAAGCUCACCUCCACAAUAAAGACUUAAGACUGGAGGAUGUACACGACAGGCACUUUAUGCUUCAGAUUGCCUUGAAGUGUGCUGACAUUUGCAAUCCUUGUAGAAUCUGGGAGAUGAGCAAGCAAUGGAGUGAAAGGGUCUGUGAAGAAUUCUACAGGCAAGGUGACCUUGAACAGAAAUUUGAACUGGAAAUCAGUCCUCUUUGCAAUCAACAGAAAGAUUCAAUCCCUAGUAUACAAAUUGGUUUCAUGACCUACAUCGUGGAGCCCCUCUUCCGUGAAUGGGCCCGUUUCACGGGACACAGCACCCUGUCUGAGAGCAUGCUAUGCCACCUGGCACACAACAAAGCCCAGUGGAAGAGGCUAUUGCCCAACCAGCGCAGAAGCAGCAGCGGUGGCGGUGGCAGCGGCGGCCCGGACCACGCCGGCCCAGGGACCGAGGCUGAGGGGCAGACCGUGACCGAAGGCGACGCCCCGUAGUUCCAGCCAGGCCUGCCCCCUGCUCUGCAAACUGAGAGUGCCAGCCUCCUCGCGCAGAGGCCUCUGGGAGGGCAGCUGCUCUGAGGGGCUCUUGCCGGUAAACCCAGCCCCUCUCUGGGUGUCGUCCUGGGGCUCUUUGGAACGCCACCCUUCUCCCACUCACCUGCCUCCCUCCUUUUUCCAAGUGUACAGAAGCCAUCCGUCACCUCAGCAUUAGCUGCCGAAAUAAGCAGCUCCAUUCCGCCAUGAGGGAGCUGAUUCCAGGGGCCGGCUUGGCCCUCGAGGUGAAGACUGGGGAGUAAGAAAG